AUGUAUCGGCCAAAUUCGUUGUGGACCUGGUCCUUUUGUAUAGUCACACUCAUACAGACCAUCAUCACACUUGCACUCGAGGCUUAUGUUUUCGCGAAUUUUCAGAUCCAAUUGUUUCCCAAAGGCGAAGUCUCGACUGCAUCGAAGACGGUUACCACUUUCCUCGCGCUUUACUGUUUCGGUUUCAUCUAUGAGUUGGUCCUCGUUUACGAUGCUCUACGCCUCAAAAAUACCAUUCAAGUCAUUGGGCUGUGCGUGUGCAACCUUGGACUUCUGAUCUACGGAGCGGUGCAGGUCCAGCAGAUCAAGGACUCCAUUGAAAUGCUGGUGGCUGAGAGCGCGAUCACUGUGGAUGUCUGGGGAGAAACAGAACCUUUCUUGAUUAUCAUCCCAUGCGUUGUCGCGAUGGGUUCGGUGCUCAUGAUGAUCAUCGCUUGGAAGCUGUACGACGAAUUUGCAUGGUCGAUCUACAAACAUAUCAGCGCUGAUUUGCGAAUGAAGCGUCGGUACCUCACAUAUCAGAUCUAUAUCGCCCUCCUCAAGUUUGACUUUUUCUUCUUCCUCGGUUUCACGGUCCAGUUCCUCGUUAUCGUCACCAACAAGACCGAUGUCGAAUUCGGUCUUACCACGGCUGCCAUCCCCGUUACUAUUCUGAUUCUCAUCUGCGCCGCUGUCUUCGUCAAGCGGGAGAGCUCGGUUGGAAUGAUCAUCGUCAUCCUUCUGUAUUUCGCAGCCAUGGCCUAUUUUCUGUUCAAACUGGUCCGCAUGUACCAGCCUGAGACGUACCAAGAGUACCUGCCAGCCCGGCGGUCUUUGACGUUCUUCGCCGUCAUCACGCUUCUAUUGAUCGUGUUGACCAUCAUCAACGCCUGCAUUUGCAUGCACAAUUUCCACAAAGGCCUGAAACAACAUGUCUAUAAGAAGAAGUCCCGCGACAAGGACGAGAAGACGACGGAACUGUCUUCAAACAUGUCAGGCCAGGUGCCUUCUCGCAUGAUGAUCGACUGAACGACUUGCGACCAAAGUUACGAGCAAAACCCCCCCCCUCAAAAUCGGAAAACGGAAAAUAAGGGGACGAUUCAGAAUUUCUACCCACUGCACAUUGAUUUACGGAGCGAUAUAUCAUUUUCAUACGUUAGCGAGUUGUGCAACAGUUCGCCGGUAGAUGGAACUACUUGGAUAACUGAGAUUGGGCGUGUUUCGCGGGAUUUACCAUAUGAUACCUCCUACUGCGUUGCUCGGUUUUCUUACGAAUCUUCGACUGUCUUUCCUUGUUCCCUUUCCUCGGAGUUUUGUCUGAGAUGGCUGCUCAAUCCUCCCGAUCCCGCUCUCGCUCAAUGCCGCGCAGCGUCUCAUUGAUGACAUUUCUUAUUAUUUCCUAUAUCCUUUUUAUAUCUCCGAUUAUGUGAAUAUCACGACUUUGCAUUUAUGUACUGUAGUUAUUAAUUUGAGUUACUGGACAGUUAGGAAUAAUCGAAGAAAAUUAUUGUACAGAC